UCAAUUUUAAUUGGCAACAAUGACAGUUGUCAUAAUUCGAAUUCCUAACCUCAUAAAGCGUGUAAACAUGUUGUAAAUAUUGUUUUUUUUUAUUUAUUAUCUGUAUAUAAGUGAUUACGUUGUGUAUAUUUUUUCAAUCAAGUGAAAGUGCAGUGUUUUAGUGUUUUUAUUCACAAUUAUGAACGAUACAUUUGAUGAUUUUAAUUUUACAAAUAUUGCAACAAAUGCCACAAAGCCAACGAAUGAUAUUUCCUUCGAUGAUUCUCUCUUCCUUAAUUCACAAGAACUGGACCAAGAAACGAAAAAAAUCCAGGAUUAUUUCAGUACCCCCCAAGUACCAAUCCUCCAAAACGAAAAACACCACUCGAGCGUUGAUAGUGACAUUUUCGGGUCACCUUCAUUAUGUGAUUCCCCCAAAUCAAGCCUUUUUGACUCGCCACGUGACCCCGAACCGACCAAUCACAGUCUGUUCGAAUCACGUGAUCUUGAACUGACCAAUCACGAACCGGGUCUUUUCGACUCCCCUCCCCAAUUACGUAACACCCAACCGACCAAUCUCGAUUCUCCUCCUCAAUCACGUGACCUUGAACCGGCCAAUCGCGAUUCUCUGUACCCACGUGACCCUGAACCGGCCAAUCUCGAUUCUUCUCUACAAUCACGUGACACAGAACCGGCCAAUCCCGAUUCUGCUUCACUCCCACGUGACCUUGAACCGACCAAUGACAGUCGAAGUUUGGCAUCGUGGGGGCUUCCAGCCGCCAUUUUGGAUAAAUACGCGUCACGGAACAUAACUAUGAUGUUCCCCUGGCAGGUGGAGUGUCUCAAUAACCCCAAAAUAUUGACAAUGAAUAAAAAUCUAGUCUACUCUGCUCCAACCUCGGCCGGUAAAACGCUAGUAGCUGAGAUUUUAUCGAUCAAAACUGUGCUUGAACGUUCGAAAAAAGUGAUUUUUAUCCUCCCUUUUGUAUCAGUCGUUCGUGAGAAAAUGUUUUACUUUCAAGACAUUUUUGGAGGGAGUGGAGUCCGAGUGGAGGGUUUUAUGGGCUCAUAUAACCCCCCAGGAGGGUUCAAAUCAGUUCAGUUUGCCGUUUGUACCAUCGAGAAGGCUAAUAGCCUCAUAAAUGGUUUCCUCCAAGAUGGGAGUUUGGGGGAAAUCGGGACUGUAGUCAUUGACGAAAUGCAUUUAUUGGGGGAAACCCACCGUGGUUACAUCCUUGAACUCUUACUCACGAAACUCAAAUACAUGACCUUGAAACACCAAAUCGAAAUACAAAUAAUCGGAAUGAGCGCAACGCUCCCUAAUCUCAAAACACUCGCCGAUUGGCUGGACGCCGAACUCUACGUCACGAACUAUCGCCCAAUCCCCUUACACGAACACGUGUUGCUAGGCGAUUCGUUGUACGAUUCUCGCUUCAGAUUGGUGCGCACUCUUGACCCCGCCCCCUACCCUGACACGGACCACAUCCUACAAUUGUGUCUUGAGACCAUUACAGCCAACUGUUCCGUACUUAUUUUCUGUCCUACGAAAAACUGGUGCGAGAAUCUAGCUUUACAAAUCGCCCAAGCGUUUUAUAAAUUGGGGCGUGGUCAAGCCGAUCAUGCAUUACGUCACCAAUUGAACGCCGAGGCGAUUGGUGAGUUGUUAAAUCAACUGGCGUUAAGUCCAAUCGGAUUGGACGAUGUUUUGCGGAAGUGUGUGUCGUUCGGGGUGGGGUUUCACCACGCCGGCUUGACAUUGGACGAACGCGAUAUAAUAGAGGGCGGGUUUAGGGGCGGAGUUAUACGGGUUUUGGUCGCCACGUCUACGCUAUCGUCUGGAGUUAAUUUACCAGCAAGGAGAGUUAUAAUACGGACGCCCAUUUUUCAUGGGCGGGCGAUUGAUGGGUUGAGUUACCGGCAAAUGGUUGGGCGUGCUGGGCGUAUGGGUAAAGACACAGCAGGUGAAAGUAUACUAGUUUGCCAAAAAAAAGACGAAAAGAUCGUACGUAAAAUCCUGGAAGAUGAGUUGGAGCCGAUUGUCAGUUGUCUGGAACAAGAUGGACGAUUGAGACGCGCCAUCUUGGAAAUCAUAGCAAGUGGGGUGGCUACGACCUACGAUGAUGUUCGUUUGUUUGCCAAAUGUACCCUUUUGGGUCAGACUAGUGUUGAGGAGGCUUUGGAUUUUUUGCUCUGCAAUGAGUUCCUUCGCCUUGGUGAUGAUAAAUAUACACCAAGUGGGCUUGGCAAAGCCUGCUUGACUUCCUCUCUACCCCCCGAAGAUGGGUUGGCACUUUUGGGCGAGUUGGAUAAAGCGCGUCAGUGUUUUGUUCUAAAUACGGAACUCCAAUUGGUUUAUUUGGUCACUCCGUAUAGUGCGUGCCACCAAUGGGGUAACUUAGACUGGAUGAACUAUCUACAAGUGUGGGAGAAGCUCCCCACCACUAUGCAAAAAGUGGGGGAAUUGGUGGGGGUAAGAGAGAGUUACAUAGUUGCAGCAACACGUGGUCAGUUACCAAGUAACAAUUAUCAGAAGCAACAAGUGCACAAACGCUUCUAUAUAGCACUGGCGUUACAAGACUUGGUUAACGAACGCCCUCUUGCGUCGGUUUGUGCCAAGUUCGGUUGUAACCGCGGCUUGUUACAGACGUUACAACUGACAGCUGCAACGUUUGCCGGUAUGGUAACCGCUUUCGCGAAACAGUUAGGUUGGGCAAAUGUCGAAAUACUUAUUUCGCAAUUUCAAGACCGCCUUCAUUUUGGCGUGUCACGUGACCUACUAGAUCUGAUGCGUCUGCCUCUUUUGAACGGACGUAGCGCCCGAGCUUUAUACAAUGCAGGACUUGAAACUUUAAUACAAAUUGCAAAUUCGGACGUUGCCACCAUUGAAUCAGCGUUCCUUAAAGUUGUACCGUUCGAAAGUGGGAAAUUAAGGGAGGGGGAAACGGAACACGCCUUAAGAGAACGUAACAAGUUUCGCAACAUUUGGAUUACUGGAAAAGAAGGUUUAACUGAACGAGAGGCAGCUGAGAUGAUUUUGGCAAACACUCGAGAGUUUCUAAGAAUUGAAAUGGGCCUUAAGGAAGCAAAAUGGGCCGUUAAAACCAAUGACAUUAGUCUGAAUUCAACAGGUGACGUGAUUGUGGCGUCACCUGAUGAAAGCUACUCCUUCAAAACGCCCAAAAAACGCACAAAACGUCGACUAAGUCACGAAACACCGGUUAAGAAACAACGAACAAUAUUUAACCUUGAAACUGUCGAUGUGUGCGCCCAUGACCUUUUAUUCGACUCGUUUCGUCACGAAAUCAAAAGUGCUAACCUUGUGGCACUCGCCUUCGCCUCGUGUCCCACUAAACAAGGACGCACGAUCGGUUUAAAUCACACAAUCAAAUCACCUGAGGUGCCAAUCAGCGGUUUUGCCCUUUUUUGGGGCCAUUCCACCGCCUACUAUCUGGACGUGGCCAAAAAACGCGAAACUAUCGACUUGAUCCGCCAUAUUGUCAACGAGCAACAAAAGACGAUCAUUAUGUACAAUUGCAAGCAACAAAUCAAAACGUUGCAUAAGUGGCACGGGGUGGAGUUUAGGUCACGUGUCCAUGAUCCGAAGGUUGCCGAUUGGUUGUUGCAACCCGAAGGACAGGACAAAACGCUACACCAAUUGGUUGAAACAUAUUGUCCCGAAUUGCCACUAGAUCAAGGUCAGGACGCGAAGCUACGCUCAAUUUUUGAGUGUUAUCUCAGUUGGCACGUUUUGAAAAAUAUUGAAGUUGAACUGUCAAAAAGCAAUCUUUUGACCGUUUUUGACACUGAGAUGUCAAUUAUGCGCAUUUUGGCAAAUAUCGAGUUGGCUGGGAUUGGGGCUAAUGUCUCGACUUUGUCAAAUCUAGUCGACUUGCUCACACGUGAACUUAAGGCGAUUGAGCGCCAAGGUCACGCGAUUGCCGGGCGCCAUUUUUCGUUUGCGUCGUCACGGCAAUUGGCGAAAAUUCUCCAAUCAGAUAAUAAUAGUAAAAAAAGUUUGCAAAAAAAUGAUAAUCCGUUGGCUAGUUUGAUUUUAAAAUGGCGCAAAAUCAGUGCUACCAUUGGUAAAACCUUGCAACCGUUGAUUCGUUUGGUGGAAAAUGGGCGUAUUUUUGGUUGUUAUGUUACCCACACUGCAACGGGUCGUAUCACUAUGCACGAACCGAAUUUGCAAAAUGUUGCCAAAGAUUUUGACAUUGACGGUGUUGAGGUUAGUUGUCGGAAGGCUUUUGUUCCAAGUCAAGGUCACGUGAUGGUUUCGGCCGAUUUCUGCCAAUUGGAGCUAAGGGUUUUGGCGCAUUUGUCACGUGACGAGGUCUUGGGGGGGAUUUUGAGGAGGAAGGGCGACAUCUUUCGGGCAAUAGCGGCCAAAUGGAACAACAUAUCAGAGAAUGAGGUCACCGAAGAGUUACGUCAGCGGGCGAAACAAAUUAUUUAUGGGAUUAUUUACGGAAUGGGAAGCAAGGCAUUAGCCGAACAACUGAAUACUGAUGAGGCACAGGCGACUCGAUUUAUGCAAACUUUUCGCAAUGCAUAUCCUGGUGUGCAAAAAUAUAUAAGUGAGAUUAUAGAGACGUGUCGUAAAACCGGUUUUGUUGAAACUUUGGCCGGUAGAAGGCGCUUUUUGGCGCACAUUAACCACAAAAAUGGCGCUGUUAAGAGUCAAGCCGAACGUCAAGCUGUCAAUACGACAAUUCAAGGUUCGGCUGCUGAUUUAGUGAAGAUGGCGAUGGUGAGGCUCGAAACGGUGUUUCUGGGGGAAAAAGAAGUUAAGUUGGUAUUGCAUCUUCACGACGAGUUGUUGUAUGAAGUACCGGAAGGGAGUUUGGGGAGUUUUGUGCGAAUUUUAAAGACGGAAAUGGAGGGAAGUGUCAAAUUGUCGAUUCCGUUUCCGGUGAAAGUGAAGAGUGGGCCUAGUUGGGGACAAUUGACUGAAUAUAAAUUGUGAUUGGAUGAUCUGUAUAUUUUUGGAAUUAUAUUGUUGCGAUUUUA